AUGAUUGAUCCAUUCCUGGUCCCACACCAGUAUUAUAAGAAAGGGGAUAUAAACAUUGACAUGAUUGCCUCACUAAACACCUUCAUCUUUGAUGAAAUACCAUUCAACAACCAGCCAACAACAAAGAUGACAGAUGAACUUAUGACAAAGUCUAAGAACUACCAGCAUAUCCUGUCUCUGGUUUUUGCAGUGAAUGAGAUAAAUAAAAACCUGGAGACCUUACUAAAUGUCAGCCUUGGCUUUCACAUUUAUGACAGUUAUCUAAAUGCAAGAAUGAUCCAUCAGAAUACUUUGAAACUUCUUUCCAGCCAGAAAACAAUUGUUCCCAACUUCAAAUGUUUUAAGCAAAAGAAUAUGAUAGCUGUCAUCGGAGGACUUAGCUUUGAAAUUUCCUUUUACAUGACUACUCUUUUAGGCAUCUACAAGAUUCCACAGAUUGCCUACUGUGUGAAUGCUCCAGAGAUGGAUGAUAAAAGCCAGCUCCCUCCAUUCUACCGGAUGGUGCCCAAUGAAGAGUAUCAGUAUGAAGGGAUUGUCAAGCUUCUUCUUCAUUUCCAAUGGACGUGGGUUGGGAUCCUCUCAAUGGAGAAUGAUAAUGGAGAGAAAUUUGUGCAGACUUUAAUGCCAAUGCUUUUGAAGCAUGGAAUCUGCACAGCCCUCAAUGAAAAAAUACCAGCCACAACUCAUGCUGUAGAGACGUUGAGUUCAUUUGACUCUAUCCUGGACAAGGCCAGUUAUCUAUCCAAUUCUGAAGUCAAUGUAUUGAUAGUAAAUGCAGAAACUGGUGUCAUGACAUAUUUGACAUGGGUAAUGCUUAUAUAUGCAAUGCUGAAAGAUAUAAAAGUGACAUCCAUCAGUAAAGUGUGGAUAACAACAGCCCAGUGGGAUUUCUCAGCUGACGUGAUGCACAGGGCUUUUGACAUACAGGUGUUUCAUGGUUCAUUAUCUCUUGCAAUACACUCAAAUGAAGACUUGGGUUUCAGAAAAUUCCUUCAGGUCUUACAUGCUAAGACGUCCAAAGACAAUGAUUUUUUGAGGAUCUUCUGGCAGCAAGCAUUCAACUGCUCAUUUCCUGAUUCUAAGGAGGAAGAGAUGAGAUCAGUUACUUGCACUGGUGAAGAGAAGCUGAACAGUCUCCCGGGGACUCUCUUUGAAAUAAGUAUGACUGGCCAAAGCUAUAGCAUCUACAAUGCAGUUCAUGCCAUAGCACAUAGUUUACAGAAAAUGUACUCAUCCAGGCAAAAACACAGAGCAAUGUUGGACAGAAGUAGAUUGGAUCUUCCAGAAGUGCAACCUUGGCAGCUUCAUUCUCUCCUAAGGAGUACCUCAUUCAACAAUGGUGCUGGAGACACUGUUUCUUUAAAUGAGAAUGGUGAAUUGGCAGCGGGAUUUGAUAUUAUAAAUUGGGUUACCUUCCCAAACCAAUCUUUUUCACGAGUGAAAGUGGGAGAGAUGGAUCCAUACACAACACAGGGUCAAACAUUCACCAUUAAUGAAGGGGCUGUCAUAUGGCACAACACAUUUAAUCAGAUCCUGCCAACUGCUAAGUGUAAUGAUAAUUGCCUUCCUGGAUACAGCAGAAAAAAGAAAGAGGGGAAGCCAUUCUGUUGCUAUGAUUGUGUACCAUGUCCAGAUGGGAAGAUUUCGGACCAAAAGGACAUGGAUAACUGUUUCCAGUGCCCAAAAGAUCAAUUUCCAAACAGAAACAGAGAUCAAUGCCUCUGCAAGCGACCAAACUUCCUCUCUUUCACAGAAGCUUUAGGAAUCUGUUCAGUUUUUUUCAGCUUGUCUUCUUCUUUCAUCACAGCUUUGGUACUAGGAAUUUUCAUCAAGCACAAGAAUACUCCCAUCGUCAAAGCCAACAAUCGGGAACUUACAUAUUGUCAGCUAGUCUCCCUUUUGCUCUGCUUCCUUUGUGCCUUGCUGUUCAUUGGUCAGCCCAAUGCAGUAACGUGCUACUUAAGACAAAUUUCUUUUGCCAUCAUUUUCUCAGUGGCUGUUUCUAGCAUAUUGGCAAAAACGAUAACUGUGGUUGUGGCUUUCAUGGCCACCAAACCGGGAUCUAGAAUGAGGAAAUGGGUGGGGAAAGGUUUGGCCAAUACUGUUCUUCUCAGCUGCUCCUUUAUCCAAACCAUUAUUUGUGCUGUAUGGCUCAGUACCACUCCUCCAUUUCCAGAUUUUGACAUGGACUCUAUAGCUGAAGAAAUCAUAGUGGAAUGCAAUGAGGGAUCCAUCACAAUGUUUUAUUGUGUUCUGGGAUACCUUGGAUUUCUUGCCAGUAUCAGCUUCACUGUGGCUUUCCUAGCCAGGAAGUUGCCAGACAGUUUCAAUGAAGCCAAGUUCAUCACUUUCAGCAUGCUGGUGUUUUGCAGUGUUUGGUUGUCCUUUGUUCCAGCAUACCUGAGCACUAAGGGCAAAUACACAGUGGCUGUGGAGAUCUUCUCCAUCCUGGCCUCAAGUGCUGGAUUACUUUGUUGUAUCUUUGCCCCCAAAUGCUACAUAAUUAUCCUAAGGCCUUCCUUGAACAGCAGAGAACAGCUAAUAAAGAGGAAUAUAUAG